AUGUCAAAACCUGCGAUUGUCCUUGUCCCAGGAGCGUGGCACAAACCUCAGCACUACAAAAAAGUCAUCGAUAGACUGCUUAAACUCAGCUACGACGCUGUCGGUGUAUCUUUGGCUUCGGUGGAUGCUAACCCACCUGUUCCUUCGUGGGAGAAGGAUGCAGCAGCUGUCCGAGAAGCCGUGUUGCAGAAACUGAACGCCGGAAAGGAUGUUGUUGCUGUAGCGCACUCAUAUGGCGGUCUUCCAAUGGGCGAGGGUGUCAAGGGGCUAGGCACGAAGGCAAGAGAAGCACAGGGCUUCAAAACCUCGGUGACGAGGCUGGUCUACAUGUGUUCUGUGCCUGUCAAGGAGGGACAAAUCUUCCAGGAGGCCUGCAAACCCGUUACUGAGGAGGAGAUCAAGGCUGCGGAGCUGCAGAUGAAGGUAAUAAAGGCUGACGAGAAUGGUAAUCUGGUGCCGGGUGACACGGAACUUGGUAAAGAGCGAUUAUACAACCGCUGCGACCCCAAGGAUGUGGAAGAAGCGUUGAAGUUGAUCGGAUCACAUUCCGUCGGUACUCUGAUCACGCCGGCCACAUGGACACCAUACAAAGAGAUCCCCAGCACGUACAUCGUCACCGAGAACGACCGUGCAUUGCUACCAAGCAUCCAAGAGCGCCUCAUUGCCGAAGCAGAAGGCGCUUUCCACGUUGAACGAUGUCAAGAGGGUCACUCCCCAUUUCUGAGCGAUCCGGAUUUUAUUGUAUCGUGCAUCCGCAGGGCUGCAGGCGAGGAUGUCUAG